AUGUUCAAGCUGUGCCUGUUCGCCGCCGCCCUGGCCGUCGCCUCCGCCGCCCCAAAAGCCGCCCCUGGGCUGCUGGGCGCCGCCCCACUGGCCUACGCCGCCCCCGCCGCCCCCGUGGCCCUGGCCGCGCCCGUCGUCAAGGCCCCUGCCCUCUACGCGGGUCCCAUCGCCGCUGCGCCCGGCCCCCUGGCCUACGCGGGUCCAGUCGCCGCCCCCGUAGCCGCCGCCCCCGUGGCCUACGCCGCCCCUGCGGCCUACGUCGCCCCCGCGCUGCCGGCACACUUUGCCUACGCCGCCCCCGGCGUUCCGGCGCACUUUGCCUACGCCGCUCCUGCCGCUCCUGCUCACCUGGGAUAUGCUGCAGCGCCAGCCUUCCUUAAGGCACACGUAUGA